AUGGAGAGAGAGUCGUACGAUUGGGAUUACACAAAUAAAAGACGCUCCAACAAGCUGGGUUUUUUUUUGACGGAGCGGGCCAUUCCGGCCAUCCUGCUCCGCUGUCUUCUCCUGAGAGCCAAAAUUGAUUCAAAUCCAGCACCAAAUGCUGGACAGUUAAAUUUUCUUCAACUCAACUGUAACAGCAUCAAAAACAAACAUGAAGUAAUUCAACAGCAUUCAAUAGACCACAACAUUCACAUCGCAGCCCUCCAAGAAUCUAAGCUGUCAAAAAGCUUCAAAACCCCAGUCUUCAGGGAUUACGCGAUUUACCGCAAGGACCGAGGAAAUGGUCGAGGGGGCGGUCUUAUUAAAACUCAUCCACAACAGCAUUCCCUUCAGCAUAAUGUCACUACCCGAUACUCCCUCAAUUGUACGUGUGUGUGUGUGUGUUGGAUGAUGAUUGAGAUUAAAGUUACGAUGAAUGGAACUGCAUUAAUUCUACACAACUACACAACACUCCUACACAUGCUAAAAUGUAUUACAGGCACAUUUUUUUGUUUUUGUGACGUUAAUGAAUGA